AUGAAGGAUUUGGUUAUGGAGAUAAUCUCACACAACUUCCUCCCUCACUGCUCUGUUGUGACUUGGAAUUGUAAAUUAACCAACAACAGAUUGAUCCCAAACCGAUCAAAUAUCUCAUCACCUGGGAUCAGAAAAUCCAGAUUCGUGAUUCGAAACGGAAACUCCGAUGGUUACGUGGUUGGUGAGAACGAAGACUUGGGUAGUUUAUCCAGAAGAGGAGAAUCAAAAUCGAAGGUUUUGAUUCCUGGUUUGCCUGAUGAAUCAAACGGCGAAUCUGCUGCUCAAAUCAGCCGUUCUCACCGCGAGUGGAAACCAAAUCUCACUGUACACUACGAGAAAUCUGGUUGCGGUAACCUCGAAGCUCCUGCGGUGUUGUUUCUUCCCGGAUUUGGCGUUGGUUCUUUCCACUACGAGAAGCAGCUUACGGAUUUGGGAAGGGAUUAUCGAGUUUGGGCGAUUGAUUUUCUCGGUCAGGGUUUAUCUCUCCCUACCGAAGAUCCCACUACCAUAUCCGGAGAUAAUGAAACUUUUUGGGGGUUUGGUGAUGAAGCUGAACCAUGGGCUGAUCAACUUGUAUACUCUCUGGAUCUCUGGAGGGAUCAAGUUCAGUAUAUUGUAGAAGAGGUGAUUGGUGAGCCAGUGUACAUAGCAGGGAACUCACUAGGGGGCUAUGUGGCUCUCUACUUAGCAGCAACACAUCCUCAUCUUGUGAAGGGUGUUACGUUGCUCAACGCAACACCUUUCUGGGGUUUCUUCCCUAACCCAGUGAGAUCCCCAGUUCUAUCACGUCUCUUUCCAUGGUCUGGAACAUUCCCUCUGCCGCCAAGAGUGAGAAAACUCACUGAGUUGGUGUGGCAGAAGAUAAGUGAUCCUGAAAGCAUAGCUGAGAUACUGAAACAGGUGUACAAAGACCACUCUACAAAUGUGGAUAAAGUGUUUUCACGUAUUGUGGAGAUCACGCAGCAUCCGGCUGCUGCAGCGUCGUUUGCUUCCAUCAUGUUUGCUCCUGGUGGACGGCUAUCCUUCUCCGAAGCUUUAUCUAGGUGUAAGAAGAACAAUGUGAACAUAUGUCUAAUGUAUGGAAGAGAAGAUCCAUGGGUUGGACCGAUAUGGGGAAAGAGGAUAAAGAGGGAAAUGCCUAACGCUCCAUAUUACGAGAUUAGCCCAGCAGGUCACUGCCCACACGAUGAAGUCCCUGAGGUGGUGAACUAUCUGAUGCGAGGAUGGAUCAAGCACCUGGAGUCUGGUGGCUUCGAAGCGCUUCCGCUUUUGGACGACGGUGAAGAAGAUUGGGAACAGUCCAGGAUUGCUCGGGAAAUAGAGUUUCCGAGAGAAGGUUGGAAAAAAGCAGUGAAUCUGUGGCUGUACGGCUCAAAGUAUUCGUUCUGGCGUGGAGUUGGAGAAUCCUUCAGAGCCAGUUUCAUUAGGGUGUUUCGACGGAAGUCUCCAUAG